GUUUCAAUUCAAAACCAUAAUUCUAUUUUCGUUUCUUCAAACUCUCCCACGAAACUCCUCCCCUCACAAUCCGCUCUGACCCCUUCUUCUUCUUCAUCAUCAUCACCAUUAUCUUCUUCCCAUUCAGCGCUUCCCCCCAAACUCCCAGAAUCUAAAAAAACAAUGGGAAAAGGUGGUUCCUUGAGCGACAAUGUCAUCAAGAGCAUCAUCCUCUCAUACACCUACGUCUCCAUCUGGAUUUUCCUCAGCUUCACCGUCAUUGUCUACAACAAGUACAUCCUCGACAAGAAGCUCUACAACUGGCCUUUCCCCAUCUCCCUUACAAUGAUCCAUAUGUCCUUCUGCGCUUCCCUCGCCUUCCUCCUCAUCAAGGUCUUCAAAGUCGUCGAGCCCGUUUCCAUGUCCAAAGACCUUUACAUCUCCUCCGUCGUACCCAUCGGCGCCCUUUAUUCCCUCAGCCUCUGGCUCUCCAAUUCAGCCUACAUUUACUUAUCCGUUUCCUUCAUUCAGAUGCUCAAGGCCUUGAUGCCCGUCGCUGUUUAUUCCAUUGGUGUUCUUUUUAAAAAAGAGAGCUUCAAGACGGACACGAUGAUCAACAUGGUUUCCAUCUCUUUCGGGGUCGCCAUUGCAGCUUAUGGGGAAGCUAAAUUCGAUACAUGGGGUGUCCUGUUGCAGUUAGGCGCCGUUGCAUUCGAGGCUACCAGGUUGGUUUUGAUCCAAAUCCUGCUCACUUCUAAAGGGAUCACCUUGAAUCCGAUUACUUCUCUAUAUUACGUUGCACCUUGCUGUUUGGUUUUCCUUUUGGUGCCAUGGAUUUUUGUUGAGUACCCAAUUUUGAAACAGACGUCGAGUUUCGAAUUCAAUUUCGUUGUAUUCGGAACCAAUUCGUUCUGUGCUUUUGCUCUGAACCUUGCUGUUUUCCUUCUCGUUGGGAAGACUUCUGCAUUGACAAUGAACGUAGGUGGGGUUGUUAAGGACUGGUUGUUAAUUGCCUUCUCUUGGUCUGUCAUUAAGGAUACAGUGACACCCAUCAAUUUAUUUGGUUAUGGGCUUGCAUUUAUGGGUGUUGCUUACUACAACCAUGCCAAGUUACAGGCUUUGAAGGCCAAAGAAGCAGAGAAGAAAGUUGCACAAGCUGACGUGGAAGCUCACAGGUUGCAGGAGGAAAACCAAGGCGAGGGAAAUGACAAAUGAGACUCGAGAGUCCAUAGUUUAGAAGAGAUGGG